CAGUCACUUUGUCACCAGGACUCCAAAGCAACACCGGUUGCCCCCUCUGCCACAAGGGUACCAUCAUGACCUGGUCUAUCCUCCUGCCAUGCAUUGCAGCCAUGCUCUUGUGCCCUGCGCCGUCUGCCCAGGAGACCCCAUUCCGGAGGGUGUUGGACCUGCUCGCUCCCGGAGACUCUUCUCUCAAUCGUAGCUCGGUGACGGCUCUUAUAAAGCGGCUGGAGGACCGUGUGCAGUGCGGAAACGUGUCGUGUGAAAAGUGCCUGACACCAGACAGUCUCUUCUCUGCGGUGAAUGGCUCCUCGGUGUCACAGUUGGAUGCUCGGGGAUUCUCAGCUGUCUCUGGAGGAUUGUUGAAUUACGUUGCAGACCCCGACCACUUCUGUAAAAGUGAAGACAAAUGGCCGACCAGUGUACUGAAUAUGGGAGGCCGGGCAGAGGAGGUGACCCUGCGUGUAAUGGCGUCUAUACUGCCUCACUAUAUGGACCAGAACACGACUGAACGCUGCCUUAAUGCUGACGAUAUCCUGAACAUGACCUCUGACCCCGACCACGUGAGCGCAGAAAUCACAGAGGCCGUUGUCAGCGCGGUUCUGGAGGGGUCCUGUAUGACCCUUCUGCCUCCUCGGGAGUACUUUCUAAAUUUCAUCUACAAGCAGAACGAGACCCUCGACCUGGAAGAACUCACCUCCCUUAUGAUUCAGCUGAAGUUGGUGAGCGAAGACGACCACGACCACGACCAUGAAGAAGACCAAGACCUUAAGAGUGACCACGAGGGAAGGAGGAGGAGGAGGAGCUUAGAAGACUCUGAAAGCGCUCAUGUGACUCACUGGGAUGAG